AUGCAUAAGACUAUCAGUGGACACAGAAAUGAGGCAUCUUUAUCAAGCUAUUGUUAUGAUACUUCAGAUAAACAGAAACAGAGUAUGUCUGAUGCAUUAAGUAAAUGUACCUAUGGAACAUUACAACAGACAGAAAGUAGGAGUGUAACUAUUAGCUUGUCCCAGGAAAAGACUGUUUCUACCUUCACGUCGGAUGAGAAUGAACAGCCAAUACCUCUACCAGUAAUAGAGACUGUUUCUGCUGUUAGAAAUAGUAAGAGACAAGUUGAAACUGCACCAUAUGAUCCAGAUAUCAUUGACUUUUUGGGACUACCUGAUGAUGUUUUGGUGGACUAUUGCCAAUCAGUCGAGAAUUCUGACCACCAAAUUAGUGCCCCAAAGCAAAUGAAGAUGAUGCCAUUGAUGAGUAUUUCAAAUUGUACUGUUAAUAUCAACUAUUACAAUAAUUGAAUUUGAACAAUGAUGGAAAAUACAUUGUAGUAGAUAUUAUUUGAAUUAUAAGGACAUUUAAGAGACUUAGUUUCUGUUAAAACUUUAUUUUAUAUGUGUUAACAUAUGUUCACUGCUAUUGAAACAAAAAUAGUCAU